AUGCCUAUCACCAGAAGCGAUUUCUAUAGCAAGAAAUUGGAUAUUGUCCCCGAUCUGGUGGCGGGAUACAGGAGCACUGCGAACAUGCACAUCUGGGACACAGUUGGACAGGAACGGUUUCGAUCACUGGGAGCAUCGUUCUAUCGAGGGGCUGAUGCGUGCAUCCAAAUUUGUGAUAUUUCUCGCCAAUUCGGGCGCGAGAAUGUCCUUGACUGGAGACGUGAUUUCCUCAAACACGCCGAUCCUGAUGAACAUCUUCCGGAGCACGACUUUACGGAAUCUGACAUGGUCGACCUGAUCACGGAAAUACGGAAGCAGUAUCCCUCAUGUCCCUCCUCUUCCGUGGUUAUGGCCGCCGCCGAAAAUGGCUCGGGAGUACGCCAAGUUUUCGGGCUGACUGGUCUUGCUGCAGUACAACGAGCGAACGAAAAUGGCCGGCGAUUUCACCCCCCUCCCAAGGACUUCCUGGCGCGAGGGCAGUACCUGAGAGCACUACGGACCGAGCACUGCGAGCGAACUGUGAGGAUCCUCAAUCAGAGACGGAAUAUUGUGGAGGAGAACAACAGGGUACAGCAAAAAAUUCGUCGUCGGAUGAGCACGGAAUUAUUCCCCGACGGCACCUCCCAUAGUGAAGAUCAUGAAAGUGGUCAUAUUAGGCGACGCGGCGGUUGGGAAGACAUGACUGAUACAGAGUCGCCUGUGGUCGUUGAUCGCGAAGCGCCGACAGGAACGGCAAAACUUCUUAGAGUUGUUCACCGACGCUGUUUCUUGAUCGAAUCCAUGCUCAACCAUCUUCUCCAUCUCAUACUCGUCGGUGUUGCCCUAUCCCACGAGCCAGACGGCUCAUAUUUCGUGAGCGUGUCUGAACCUUAUUUGGAUCUGGUUUAUACAUUCUCAGACAAUGCUAAAUUAGUGAAGGUUAGCUUCUACUGUGGGGUGGGUCCCAAACCAACUACGGAGACCUUUGAUGUCGAUAAGGUGUCCGAUGCGAGCUACAGGAUAGCAGAGUUCCACGUUGAGCUCUGGAACGAGUUCAAAAAAAGCUUUGAGAAGAGAUGCAAGAAUUACCUACCUCUGGAGCCACAGGACCUUCGGGAUGUAAAGUACGAUACUAAGUUCGACCACCCGUCUAUUCACCUCAAGGAAAAAUGGUGGGAGCUGGCACACCGAGAACAUCCUUCCCAUUAGUUGAUAUUGUUUCGACAGUAGAAUCCUCAGCGUAUCUACCGCUUUGGCAAACCAUUAUUCAGACCUUUGUUGGUCGUCCAAUUUGCUAUUUUUAUGCUGGUACGUUGAACAUUUCUGGAUGGGCCGUCUCCAACUCUAGGAGCUUUUUCAUACAAUACCGUGACGUUGACUCUUCGAGUGUUAUAGUGAUCGUAGUUAUUUCAUUAAGUAUUGAUAACGCUUCGCGGCUCAUCCAUCUGUAACCUUUCUUUCCCGUCUUCGCUUUCGGAGUAGGUAAUGCUGCUUACGGGUGGAUCAAUAUUCUUCUCCACGCUUUGCUUUAUUUCCUGUAUGUCUGCGUGGUUAUAAGCGGAUCUCUCAUAGACGAGUUGGGUUAAUCAUGCCUAUCACCAGAAGCGGUAACAACAACAGGAGGACAUCAGCUGAGUGGUCAACGCCUCUCAUCGUGAGUACAAAAGACAAUCCUUGCAUAUGGUACGAUUGUUUGUGGACUUUACCUCCUUGA